GUUCCUUAUAUUUAUUUUCUUUAAGGCAACAGAAAGAAUAAAAGAUAGAAUCAGUUUGAGCAAUUCAAUUACCCUCUGAACAUACAGCCCAAAUUUAAUAGUUAUAUCGUUACAUUAACACGCAGUAAAUUUACACCCCUCUGUUUUUUCCGCCUUGAACACCAAAUCUACGAAACACAAUGUCAGUCAAUCAAAAAGGGAAUUUCACAAAGGCCGAAUUUGUCGAUCCUACCCCACUUCCUGCUGAAGUCCCUAAAGUUGAUGAAGUAGGUGCUACCUCUGCUCCUUUGAAGAGUGCAGCAUUUUUUAUUGGUCAAUAUUGUAAAGAAUAUAACGAAGACUUCAUGCUCUGUAAAGACGAGAAUAAUGAUCCCAAGCAUUGUUUAAAGGAAGGCAGAAAAGUGACACGGUGUGCAAUUGAUCUGAUCACGAAGCUCAGAGAAAAUUGUGGUAAAGAAUUCGAGGCGCAUUGGCAGUGUUUAGAAAACAAUAACCAAGAAUUUUAUCAAUGUCGUAAGCCGGAACGUACUUUCAAUCAAUGCGUUUUCGAAAAGCUUGGUUUGGAGAAAAAAAUUCCUGGUUCGCCAGAAGGCCAAGAACAAAUUCAGAAUAAGAAGAACCCUAUAUUCAAGAAUGCUUUUAAAUAGACUUAAAGAUUUCACUGUAAUAUAUUCAAAUAAAACAUGAAGAAGCAUGAAUCUAUUUACGACCGUUG